UUUGCGGCCUGUUACUAUAAGUAUUGUCUGUUUCUUCCGUUAGCUAAGUAAGUGAUAAGAUUUAUUCUAAGAAACUUAAUUUAUGGAACAACUUAAGUAUGAGCAACCAGGUAUGCUCGCACGAUUAGGAAAUGGGCAACAGGUGAUUGAAGUAGCCGAUAUUAUAUAUUGUAAACAUGUAAUAAUAAAAAUAUUGUGUCUGUAUAUUUAGUAUUUUUGACUGAAAUGGAUGAAGGGACUUCAAUUUACAUUUUUUUUUAAAUUUAUUGCUUUUUGCCUGCACGUACGAACACACAUGCCACCGAAACCACUGAACGGAUUUUCUUACACCAAUUUCACCAAUCAAUUCGUUUUAACUCAGCAAAAUAUUUAAUGUUUCUACAAAAAAAGUUAUUAUCAUUUGAAUGAACUCAUGAUUUUGAUAUAUGGACGUAUUAUAAAUGUAAAGUGUGUUUGUGUUUGUUUGUCUGUUUUUCACGUCAGAACCACAGAACUGAUGUCCAUGAAAUUUUAUAUAUAUAUAGUGUUGAAUACGUAGAAGGAUAUAUGCUACUUUCCACGCCGACGGAGCCGCGGGCAAAAGCUGUAAGAAGGCUUUAAAAUAAUAAGGGUUCAUAAUAACCUAAUAGGUAAGGUAUAAAUACGUCAAAUCGAAAUAAAUAUGUAAUCCUAUGAAAUCAAUCUCAUUAGAUAAUUUCAAAAAAAUAUGACGCUAUUCACCAGUUGUUGGUUAAAUGACGGCCAAGGUUGAAGCGAAAGAAGUAUGCAGGGAUCGUUGAAAGUGCGAAAUGUAUCUGCCUACCCCGCCCGGAAGGAGGCGUAAUUUAUAUAUGUUUGUAAUAUGUAAAGACGUCGAAAGACAAUAAUGAAAAUAUUUGACCUAAUAAUAUCGAUGAUUUAUUAAUAACUGACCUGACCUACUUAGUCUGGGGUCAAGAUGAAUUGUACCAAGAAUGUGUGAGAACAUGUCUGACAUAUUGUGUUACACAAACCACGAAUUUGUCAGAAGGUGUUAGUUUAACGCAGGCAGCCGACUGCUAAAACUUUACUUGGCAUUGAACCAAAUCAAUAUUCGAGAAAAUACUUUUAUUGCCUUAUUAUUUAGAUACUUAACUGAAUUUCUUUCUUAGACGGCUAGCAACUUUUGGAAUUUUUUGUAAUAGCCUUCUUCUUGUGACUAUAUUGGAUCCAUCUAUGCGUAGGAAAAAAGACGACAAAGGCGCGUGUGUGAUACCUACUGAAUAUUCUGUGGUCUAUUUUAUUACCAAGCUUUGGGGUUUCCCUUAAAUGAAUACUUUUUCUGUGUUCAGAAUAUACGUAGUCACACCAUUAAAAUGGUAGUUUUAAGGCGGGUCGUCCAUCAUCAGCGACAUCUUGCAUAUUUUAAGAGUAUCGACCAUUCGCUAAUAAUACUUUUACCCUGUCGGAGUGUGUAAUUGAAAGAUCGAUAAGAACACCUUCUAAGGAAAACUUUAUGAUAAUUCCCUAGUUGUUGAUGAAAGCCUUUAAAUAUUUUAAAGAGAUUUUUAAAUAGAAAUUAACAAAGAUUUCUAUCAAGAACCCUGUUAAUUUUUUGGUCUUAAUACCGUAUGCAUUCUUAUAACGCUGAACGUGGUCUGUAGUCUUUUCAAGACUUAUUUUACGUUAUAAUGCCAUAGGUAUCAGCUAUGAUGGAUUUCUGAAAUUGGUCACGAGAGCCAAUAGCAGGUUUAUCCAAAAGAACGAGCGUUUAAAAAUGUUUGUUUGAUUUUUUUUCUAUAUUGCGUUCCAUCAAUGUACGUCAUGGGAAGAGUACAGUUAGCAAAAUUCCUUAAAGUUGACGAAUCUUUAUCUCAACGACAGAGUUAUUGCGUCCGUUGCCAAAACAAUGUGAAGAUAACCAAGGGAUGACUUAUCCUUGGUAAAGAGGGUUGUAUAAAAGCAGAAGAAAUAUUAGGAAGGACAUCAGUGUUAGAGGAACCGUUCAGUAUUCAUCUUCCGGGAUGUUCAAGGUGACGUUUAUAGUUGUGGCUCUAGCCGUUUCCACACUUUCCGCCGAGCUCUCGCCUUCAUAUGCCAGUCUAGAAAAAAAUGCUCCUUUCAAACCAGACUUGAAGACUGCACCAGCGAAUCAGGUGGAAGCUAAGCCUGAGCUAGAACAUCCUAUAUAUAGACCUGAAGAGCAUAAGAAAGAAGGACGAGUCAAAAUUCAGCCUGUCCGACCACAAGGAUCUAGUUUGAAUCAUGAUAGAAUGCUGUCUGAUCAACCUAUUGAAGCCACUACUGAAGUCAAUAGAAUAGAUAAUUUAGCUAUUCCAAAUUAUGGAUUUGUUGCCAAUCCGGUUGAAGUGGCAUAUCCAGAUAUUCCAUACGCCCCAGGAUAUGGUUACGACAAUGGAUAUUCUGGACCCCAUGGCUACGAAAUGUAUGCCAAUAACCCCAGUAAUUACUAUUUGGAACCCGAUACGUCUACUUUUGGAUUACUGUGGAGCCAAGUACCGGACUCAAGGACAUUAGUAAGCUAUGUUGGGAGGACAAUUUCUUGGAUUUUUGGCAGCAUGUUCACUCUUUUCCUUGGUUCAUUAUUAACCGUUGGAGUCUGUACGUAUACAAACUUAUGCUCCAUCGCUUUUCACGGGGUCGGACCAAUCCAUGAGGAAAUGAGAGCUCUUAUGUCACCAGAAAGAUUGGAAAGAAUUAGUAAUGCAGCCGAUUUUGUGAAGACAGCCAUAGAUAAAUACCAGAAAAUCCAAAAAGUUACUGAUUCCGUUCCUGGCAGACAAAAGAGAGCUAUUUUUAAUUUUUGA